UGGCAGCAUUAGCCUGGCAGACACGCAUCAAGUGUUCUUCGAUUUUGUCGUUUGCGACCACUGAGUCGUCCAAGUAUGCGCCAGGGCUUGCGUCGAGAAGAGGGUCGAACGCAGCAGCCACGGUCGUAGCUGCGCCCUCGGGGAUCGUCUUCCACUGCAUAUCCUGCGUAUUCGGUUGGCCGUCCGGCCCGAGGAUCCCUUGGCUCUU